AUGCCCAGCAUCACCCGGUCGGCGGCGGCCAAAGACGACCCAAAGGCGCCGAGCCCGCGCCAACACGACGCAGCGACCGCCGCCGGCACGAGGAGAGCCGUGUUCGCCGAGCGGCGCGCAGCGGCUGGACAGCCCGCCGUCGUCGACACGCUCUCUGCGGCGACGGCCGUCGCGAGCGGGCCCGCCACGAGGUCGCCCCUGAGCGCCGUCCGGCGCCGUUCCGUCGUGUCGGCCGUCCCGGUCGGCGUCGACCACGCGCCGUUGCGCUCGCCCAGCAGCAUCGUCGUCCCGCCCGAGUCGCCGCCUGGCGUGCUCGAGUCGGCGGCGUACCUGCAGCAGGCGAGGUCGUCCAUCGCGUCGACCCAGAGCGGCUCGACCUCGUCCGACGAGCGACGACCCUCAUCCUUCGUCGGCGCAACCGGCCCUCGCCCUUCCCUCUCCCAAACCGUCCAGUCCCUCCUUCCCGCACCCUUCCGAUCAUCCCGCUCCUCGUCCCACUCGUCCGACCCUCUCCUCGCCAGCCAGCCGUCCGACCUGCUCCGUCCCUCCUUCUUCGCCCUCGGCCUCGGCGCGCCCGACCCGGGCAGUAAGUCGCCCAACCCGAACGGCAUCUGCUCGUCAGUAGCCGUCGAAGCGCUCGAGUUCGUGUCGCUCAAUCCGGGCGGCGGUCGACGAGCGCAGCGCCACCUGCGCGCAGGCGUCCUCCUGUUCCUCGUCGUCGUCGCGGUCCUCACGGUCACGGGCCACCUGUCGCUACCUGCGGCGUCGGUCGCCGUGCGAGGCAGGGGUGCAGCUCGCGAUGAGCUCGUGCUCGAGCGGGAGGAGCUUGCGGCGGUGCGCGCGAGGAGGGCGAAGGACCUGUGGGGCUCGCCCGAGCACGAGGUCGUCGUCGCCGCAGAAGGGCCCGCAAAAGGGCAUGCUCACGAGUCGACCAUCAUCUUCAUGCAUGGCCUCAAGCAGGUCAAGAACGACGCCUUCAUGCCUGCGUACCUGCACAAGCGCUUCCCGAACACGCGCUGGGUUGUCCCACUCGCCGAGAAGCGCCACGUCGGCGUAUUCGACGCCAACGAGACGGCCUGGUUCAACAUCGACGCGUUCCCGUACGAGUACGACCGCGACCAGGACCGCGACGGCAUGUUUGCGACCGUGAGGCGCAUCAACCGCGCCGUCGUGCGCGAGCGGGCACGCCUCAUCCGCGCUCGGCGGCGGCAGGCGCGAGGUGACGGUGCGAGCUCGGCGGCGAACGAGGAGGACGAGAGGCGCGAGGGCCAUGAGGACGACGAGGAGGUCGGGACGAGGGCCGAGCGCGAGUGGGGGAGCCGCCGAAUCAUCCUCGCCGGCUUCUCGCAGGGCGCCGUCAUGAGCCUCCUCGUCGGUCUCACGCACCCAGAGCGACUCGGCGGCGUCAUCGUGUUCAGCGGGUUCUUGCCGCUGAGGGACGAGAUGGCCAAGCUCAUGUACGACCUCGAUCGACGAGACCUGCCUGUGUGGUGGGGCCACGGCGGCAAGGACGACUUUCUCACCUUCUCCGACGCUCUCGCCUCGCUCGCCCUCCUCUCGCCCUCAGCCGUCCCUCCCAAGCUCAACUCGAGCGUGCCCUCGACCGCGCUCGCGCACACGCACCCGGCCCGGCGCCUCAACCUCACCAACGUCACCUUCCGGUGGUGGGACGGCAUCGCGCACACGUUCUGCCUGCCCGAGCUAGUCGAGGUCGACGCGUGGGUGCGCGGCGUGCUCCCGCCGAGCUCGAGCUCGCGAGCGGACGAGCCUCUCGCGUCCAUCGGCGCUUGA